AUGUCACAACGACAGUCGUGUGACCGCUGUCGCCAGCAAAAGGUCAGAUGCCUAAGAGACGAGACCCAGAAAGCGGAAAAAACCCCAUCUCCCAAGGGUGGAAGCUCCACCCUUCGAUGCGAACGAUGUACAAAAGCAGGAGUAGAGUGUUUCUACAGUCCCGCGCCAACCGUUGCAAAACAACGAUCCAGUCGUCGCGCAGGUCUUGCAGCAGCUCGGCGUGGCACCGACACCGACGCCGAUGCCAGGCCCCCCAAUUUGACACUGGAUAGCGCAAAUAUAUCGACCAACUGGUUCGAGCAGGCACAAGCACACGUGCAGGGGGGGCAAGCCACAUUGCUCUACCCGAGCGGGCCGACCCUACAGGGAGCUAAUUUUGACUUCAGCGACCUGGUUGGUCUGGAGGGCGGCUUCGACGGCUGGGGUGGGGCCGCUGCCAGUGGGGGCAUGUUCUCCCCCACCUCGCUAAACUUCCAGUCGUCAACAACAGCCCGGCCCACAACAAGCACUUCCAUUGUUCCACCCGCAUCAAUCUUUUCGGGUCGCGACGAACGUGACGAUGAUAGUGAGGAUGUUUACGAUGAUGAUAAUCAUGACGACUCCCUUGGCAACCUGUCCAUGCAGCUCCAUACCCUAAGCCGAAGGGCUUCGCGAACUAUGCGACGUCUUGUCCGUCCUGGCCAGGCUCCCCUGACAGUCUCAUCUCCUGAGGUGAACGAAGCGCUAGAAGACACCAAUACUCUGAUACGCAUUAUCGGCAACAUCACCGCACCAGAAUUCGAGAAAAUUAGUCUUGACACCGCCAAUGCCACGGGCUGCGGGGUGGUCUUCUUGGUUCUCGCUUGUCACCAACACCUCGUGGCCUUGUUCCGGGCAAUAUGUGAAGCUAUACAUCGGUGCUUACAGUUGAAGAAGGAGCACCAUCGUUCUAGCCUGGAUCACAGCGACAUAGGGCCAUCUUCAAUUGCGCAAUUCGUCAUGGUCCUUCAAUUAUUAUUGCAUCUGAUCAAUCGUAUUGACAGAAGUCUCUUCCCAAACGAUGCAUCAAUGAAUGACAGGAGGCAAUCUUCCAGUGGCUACAUUACACCCAUAACACCAAGUUUAACCAGUCAUAAAUUCACGGACGCAUCACAUUCGAAGACAGCUUCAGGGAGUUUAAUACCACCUGGUGGACUUCUGGUCAUGGUGCAAGAAGUUGUGGGGACUAUACCCAACGAUCACGAGAAACUGAGACAGGCUAUCCAGAAACUGCAGACGGAGAUGGAAGCAACGGAGCGCUAG